AUGUGCAUCAGCCAGCGUGCAAAAGUGAUAUCAGUUUACAAGCAGUUAUACCACAUGGGUAAAGAAUAUCCCAAGGGGAAGGAAUGGUUUCACAGCAGACUGAAGGCGGCAUUUCUGAAAAAUAAGGUGGAACACUCAUUUAACCUGACUUUUUUCACGUUCCAGGAUGAAAAAGACCCGAAGAAAAUCGAGGAACUGGUGGCAAGAGCAGAAUUUGUGGUGAAGGAAAUCGAAGCGCUCUAUUAUCUUCGGAAAUAUCGUGCCAUGAAAAAUCGUUAUUACGAGGAACGAAAAUAG